CGCCCCCUAAACUAGUAAACUUGAGAACAAUGGCGACGUACCAAAGAACUGGGAACGAAGGCGCCUCCAGCGCGACUGGCCGGAAUAGGCUGUUGUUGAUAGUUUUAGGUAUCUUGGUGCUUGUGGCGGUGGUGAUAGCUGUCGCCGUGCCGUUGUCUCUCCACAAGCGGGACACCAACAUGGACAAAGCCCGUAAACUUCUGUCGGAGGUCCCCUUGGUUGAUGGACAUAACGACUGGCCCUGGCGGAUGCAGGACGUGUAUAACAACAGACUGGGUCAGCUGAACCUGGCCCAGGACAUGCGGCCACUCUACAACCAGUCUCACACAGACAUCCCCAGGCUACGGGAGGGGAUGGUCGGCGCACAGUUCUGGGCCGCUUACGUGACUUGUGACGCCCAGUACAAGGACUCGAUACGCAGGUUCCUGGGCCAAGUUGACGUCAUCAAGAGAUUUGUGGAGAAGUACCCGGAUGUGUUCCAGUUCGUGACCACCGCUGAAGGAAUCUGGGACGCCUUCAGAGCGGGAAAGAUCGGCAGUCUGAUCGGUAUGGAGGGGGGUCACGGCCUGGACAGCAGUCUGGCUACACUGCGCAUGUUCUACGACGUGGGCGUCCGGUACAUGACGGUUACACACAGCUGCAAUACGCCCUGGGCCGACGAAUGGCAUGAAACUAGGAAGGAAGUCCCAGAGCACAACGGCCUCACCGAUUUUGGAAAGCUAGUCAUUAAGGAAAUGAAUCGACUAGGGAUGUUGGUGGACCUGUCUCACGUGUCCUUUAAGACGAUGCACGACGCGCUGGACGUGACGCAGGCUCCCGUCAUCUUCAGCCACUCCUCGGCUUACGCGCUCUGCAACCACACCAGGAACGUGCCGGACGACGUGCUGGAGAGGAUGAAACAGAACAAGGGUGUGGUCAUGGUGAACUUCUACAACGACUACAUCAACUGUGGUCCCAACAAGACUCCCACCACCAACAUCAGACACGUCGCAGAUCACUGUGACUAUAUCAAGCGAGUAGCUGGGGAAGACUAUGUAGGUAUAGGAGCAGACUACGAUGGUGUCAAGAGAGUGCCAAUAGGCCUCGAAGACGUCUCCAAGUACCCCAACUUGCUUGAGGAGUUGAUCGUCCGCGGCUGGACGGAUGACCAGAUUAAGAAACUGCUGGGACUGAAUCUUAUCCGAGUCUUCAAGAAAACAGAAGAGGUCAGUCGCAACCUUCGCCGCACGAUGGACCCACUGGACGACCUGAUCCCGGAGCAAGCCGUAGCGAACGAAACUUGCAGAACCGACAGGAUAUAACUUAUUAUAAGAUCGGAGGCUAGUGCCAGGUGGUGCUGUAGUUCGAGACAGGAUCGCUAGGUAGCGCCAUACACCAAGACAAUACUGUGGACUUACUCAGGUUUUAUGUUGGCAAAUCCUGAUGCUCAUUGCUUCCAGUUAUAACCUUAAACGUAGAAAUAGAAACUGAAGGUUGCUAUAAUUGUUCUUUUUUCUCAUAAUAUAACUACAGUGCAAACUAACAAACUAAUCCAUGUCUUUAUGUAAGGCCACACUAACUUAAUUUUCUGAAUGACAUCUGUGUGCAAAUUGAUUUUCACCAAGUUCUAAAAAGAAAAGAAAAACAAACAAAAAACGAACCCAAAACUGAGGCCACAUGUGACCCAGUUGCACCCCACGUCAAUCAGAAAUUAUACUUACCAGAGGAUCUGCUUUCCAGCGUAAGGGGGCACAUGGUCAGGGCAUGGGGCCACAGUGUCCUUGUUCUCUCUUUAAAGAAUAGCAAUAAAAACGUAUUGAAAUGGCUGUUUGAAUAUUUUGUUUUUAAGCCGUAUACAGGGUUAAAAGAAAAAAGUUUUUUUUUAUACAUACAUGAUUCUAAUGAUAUUCUAUCAAGCCCCAAUGACAGUAUAGCAUGGUUUUAUGAAGCUAACACUAAGUAAACAUCCAAACUUUAUUCUUUGCCAAAAACUGUACAGUUCAAUAUUGCCAAGAUGUGCUCACAUGCUCAACAUGUAUUGUAUAGUAUAGCUUAGAUAAGUAUGUAGAAUAUAGACCUUAAACAGCACACUUUAAUAGUUAUGAUAAACUAUUGACUAAUGUGACAUUCUUGUUUGUAACUUUGCAAUCAUAUAAUCUUUCAUGUAUAGACUUCUAAUGACUUCUGGUAAAGCCUUUAUUGGUUGACAUUCCUCUAAUGUUAAACUUGCAAUGGUUUUGUAUAUUGUAAGUGGUCAAUACUUAAAACAAAUCUCUGUAAAUCUGUGGCUUUUCCCCAAAUCUUGGCUACAAAAAUAAACUUACACAACUGAUGCCAACAAG